UUGCACAUAGAAUGAUUCAAUUAUGAGUUGGAGCAAAUAAGGAUGAUUAGACCUCUCCGAUAAGGAAGAGGAUCAGUCAUUUCAAAAAAAUGACAAAACCAAGAUCAUCGUCAUAAAGCAGUAAUAAAGACAAAACCGAGAUGAUACUCUAAAGCCUAACCGAAGCCAGAGGACGACGCUUGAAGUGCUCGACACCAGGGGAGGGAAGCCUAACUUACCAGCCUGAAGCCAGAGGACGCUUGACGCGACCAUGCAUAAAUUUUAUCAGCAGGUAGUAACAUCGGCGAGGAUUUCCCGGUGGAAGGGCCGUUUCCUUUCCAGCAUCGCUCGAAGCAGUGAAAGCGCCGAUGUUCUUCCGGAAAUGCCGUGUUUUGAUUACACUCCUGCACCCUACAAUGGGCCUUCCGCAUCCGAUCUCUUGAAACGGCGCAGAGAGUAUCUGUCCACCUGCCUUGGUCCUUUCUACGAUAACCCUUUGAAUCUGGUUGAGGGUAAGAUGCAAUACCUGUUUGAUGAAAAUGGUCGACGCUAUCUGGACGCUUUUGGUGGAAUUGCCACGGUUUCAUGCGGGCAUUGCCAUCCUGAUGUGGUUGAAGCAGUUGUGAACCAGACUAGACUCUUGCAGCAUACCACUGUUGUUUAUUUAAACCAUGCAGUUAUUGAUUUUGCAGAGGCAUUGGCGUCUAAGUUGCCGGGAGAACUCAAGGUCGUUUUCUUCACAAAUUCUGGGACAGAAGCCAAUGAGCUUGCAUUAAUGAUUGCCCGGCUAUACACUGGUUGUCAAGAUAUAAUUUCGAUCAGAAAUGGCUACCAUGGAAAUGGAGCAGCCACAAUGAAUGCCACUGCACAAAAUUUUCACAAGUUCAAUGUUGUACAGACUGGAAUCCACCACGUGCUUAACCCCGAUCCCUACAGAGGUGUUUUUGGUUCAGAUGGACUAAUGUAUGCAAAAGAUGUUCAAGAUAUAAUUGACUAUGGCACGAGCGGUCGUGUAGCCGGGAUUAUUGCUGAAGCCAUUCAGGGAGUGGGUGGAGUGAUCGAGGUGGCUCCAGGUUACUUGCCAGCAGUUUAUGGCAUGGUCAGAAAAGCAGGAGGCAUCUGUAUAGCUGAUGAGGUCCAGUCAGGGUUUGGCCGCACCGGGAGUCACUUCUGGGGCUUUGAGGCUCAUGGAGUUGUGCCUGAUAUUGUAACUGUUGCGAAGGGAAUUGGCAACGGUGCACCUAUUGGUGCAGUCAUAACAACUCCUCAGAUUGCAAAGGUUUUAACACAGCGCACUUAUUUUAGUACAUUCGGAGGAAAUCCAGUCUGCACUGCUGCUGGGCUGGCUGUUUUAAGAGUAAUCGAGAAGGAAAAGCUUCAACAGAAUGCAUUUAUUGUGGGGAAACAUUUAAAAGAUCGUCUUUCUAUGCUAAUGGAAAGGCAUGAAAUAAUUGGUGAUGUGAGGGGCAGAGGUAUGUUGCUUGGUGUUGAGCUUGUGAAAGAUCGUCAGUUGAAAACUCCUGCUAAGGCUGAAAUGCUCCGGAUUAUGGAGCAGAUGAAAGAUAUGGGAGUGCUAAUUGGGAAAGGUGGUUUUCAUGGCAAUGUUAUACGGAUCACGCCCCCACUUUGCUUCACUAUAGAAGAUGCAGAUUUCGUUGUAGAUGUGAUGGACUAUGCAAUGUCAAGGAUGUGAAGCAUAUGCAAA